AUGCCUAUUCCAAGCUACGGUGCUCUUCCUCUCAGCGAGACCUUUCUCUGUGUCAGAGGGUUGAGUCUGGUCGCAAUGGUCGGUAUUGUCGGUCUGACUGCAAACUUUGUUGCUGCUAUCAAUGGCAGUGGUAUCGAACCCCCGAGAGAGAUUGUCGGUACAUUGAGCGUCACUUGCAUCGCAACUCUAUACACCUUGAUUAGCAUCCCGUUUUACAUGGCUCAAGCGAACUUGGGCCUCUUCAUCAUGACAGCCAUUGACAGUCUUCUUCUUCUUGCCUUCGUCGUUGUUUCUGUUACCCUCGGCAAGCCACUCAGUCUGCUCAACUGCUUCGCUAUCGCCAAUACCGAUGGAAAGACCGAUGCUGCAGGCGCCGCCUACUGGUUGCUGAGUCUUGUACAAAACAUGAAGCAGGGAGGCAGCGUUGGACUGUAUGUAUGGGCUGGCACGACCAGAGUCAAUUGUCUCGAAACAAAGGCAAUCUGGGGAUUGUGCAUUGCGCUUUGCAUUCUGUUCUCCUGCUCGUGCAUUCUGCUGCCGACUUUGUGGUUCAAGAGCAAGAGAGCUGGUCUGCUUCCCAAAAAGAUGGAAGCUGCCUGA